AUGUUGCCCGUAGAAUCUAAAGAUCUCGAACGCCUUGUCAAGCUCAACUCGAUUCUUAUUCUCGAUGUAGACUGCUGGGGCGCAAGCUAUCUUCGCAACAUCCUGGCCCACGGUUCCGCUAACAUCACGACGAAGCAAGGCAACAAAACUCUACCGCCUGAACUAUGGUUGGAUAUCAUAGAACGGGUAGAAUAUUAUAGCGAUGAGAAUACCUAUAAGCCAGUUUACGGUGUUGCAAUAACUCCUGGGUCUCCGAACGGCAGUCCGAAUGGCAAUGGAACCGAGUCUUAUUUGGUCUGCAAUGUCCUUGAAGAAUGGACGAAAUGCGGGGAUCUCACAGAUGGAAACAGGAUCAACGCCUACAAUAGGUGUCUUCAUAAGCCUUCCUAUAAACUCGACCCCAAACAGGAUUGGGUUGAUAAAGAUGAAAAAUAUUAUUUCGUCAUCACCAAAACUGUCCAGGAGGAUUCAUACUCAAUCCCUGUCUCUCACCUACGCUUCGAAGGGGAUUUUCUCUUUCGCAAAAUCCGGGUUCCAGAUAUGAUUGCACGAUGCGAAGAUGGAGAAUGCUCUUUAUGUGGCGGCGACCGCUAUUUGGAUUCAGCCAGACCUACGAAUCGUGAAGAAGCCCUCAUGUUCUGUAAUGAAACAGAGUUUCAUCGGCAAUGUUAUUGGCAUGGCGUUGUCUGUCCGCUGUGUAUCGGAGGAGAGUAUGCAGAUGCUUAUCUUGAGAUUCUUAAAUCACGCUGCAGAAAUUGCGACUACGAUGAUGAUGAGGAAGAGGAAGAGACUGGAGAGGAAAGGGCCGAGAAGAAGAGGACCAGAAAUUGGAUUCGGGAGCGAUACCAAGAGCUGGGAUAUGGUCGAUUCAGUUAUUAUUCUAGUUCCUGA